AUGGCGCCCAGUGCCCUUCUGGGGACCGUGUGUCUAGCACUGGUCUUUACGGGAUCUCUUGUGGAUGCAAGAGCCAAGAGGUCCAAACGACAAGCUUUCGAUCCUUUCUCUGACCCGUUCGGCCCCGGCGCAGGUGCAGGUAGUUGUAAGCCGCUACAAGCUCCAACUAACGGGAACAUCGACUGUGGUGACAACAUUCCGUUUUACACGUGCACAGCCCGUUGUAAUGAUGGCUAUAAAUUCGAAGGCGAUCAAAACAUUGUAGUUCGGGAGUGUGAUUCUGCAUCCGGAGAAUAUUUCCCCUUAACUGGAGAAACUCUUGCGCCCGGGGAAAAACCCACCCUUCCAAUCUGUAUACCUGUCUGUUCUCCGGGGUGUCAGAAUGGUGGAUCUUGUGUCAUGCCAGACACUUGCGCCUGUUCACAGGGGUGGAAGGGACUCCACUGUGAAAUAGUUGACAGUGGGUCUCACUCCGCUGGGGUAGGUCUCCCCACCGUGCUCACACCAACAAAUCGUCCGCCUAGCCAAUCCACAUCCUACGAUGCCUCUUGUGUGACAUGGGGUCAGGAUCACUACCGGACAUUUGAUGGCAAGGUGUACUCCUAUCAGGGUCAUUGUGAGUAUGUUUUACUCAAGGACUGUGCAGCUAACACUUUCAACAUUCAUGUUAUUAAUGAUCAAUCGUGUUCACCUGGUUCACCCUGUGCAAGAGAGGUUGACAUUUAUUUCGGAAAUGUGAAAGUUUCACUACUGAGGGAAUCUACCGGACCGGUUAUUCAUUGGGAUGGAUCCCUGAUGACACUGCCGAUGACUAGAAAUGGACAUACUUUUGAGAAGCUUGGUGCCUACUUUAUCAUUCGGAGUAAUCUUGGCUACAUGUUACGCUGGGAUGGACGUGAGUCAGUAUUUAUUGCAGUUACUUCAGAUCACCGUGGCAACACCUGCGGACUUUGUGGAAAAUUUGAUGGGGAUAAGUCAAAUGAUUUCUUGACAGAUUCAGGAAAAGUGGUCACCUCUGCUUCCAGCUUUGCUACAACAUGGAAAAGAUCUACACUUGGCACUGGCACAUGUCCUGAUGUACCACAGCAAAGAUGUAGUCCAGAUGCAUCAACACAAGCUCAGACUGUCUGUUCCGCAAUAAUGGGUCCUGCCUUUCAGUCAUGUCAUGCGACGGUGGACCCCCAGCCAUACCUAGAGGCAUGCAAGAGUGAUUGCUGUCAGAACAAUAUACAGACCUGUACCUGUAAUAGCUUUGAGGCCUACAGUCGGGCUUGUAUGGAGGCCCAUGUUGAACUUUCAUGGAGAACAGACCAACUUUGUCCUGUCCAGUGUCCAGGAAACUUCAUUCACAAAGAGUGUGGAAGUACAUGUCCAAGAUCCUGCGGUACUAGUGUUACAUCUUGCUCUUCCACUACAUGUAUUGAUGGGUGUUUUUGUCCAGAUGGUUUGGUCCAAUCGGGUGAUACUUGUAUUGCUCCCUCUCAAUGCCCCUGUAAACACGGCGAGCACCUUCAUCAACCAGGGGAGAAAAUCAAGCAAGCUUGUAACACUUGCACAUGCAAAGAUGCAAAGUGGGACUGCACCCAAAACAAAUGUUCAGCCACCUGUUCUGCCACUGGCGAUCCUCAUUACAUGACAUUUGAUGGCAAGCGCUAUAAUUUCAUGGGUGAAUGUUCAUACUACUUGAUAAAGGAGUCGCCAAACUUCAAUGUCUUGGCAGAAAAUAUUCACUGUGGACAUGGUGUUGCUUCCUGUACGAAGUCGGUCACAGUCGAGUACAAUGGUCACACACUGAAGAUGGAUUUCCAGCACGUUCUCACUGUUGAUGGAACAUUAGUCACAAAGAUUCCUUACAGUGGCAAUGGCAUCACUGUAGAUAAUAUCAAUUCCCUGUUUAUGAAGGCUACUCUGGACAAUGGUGUUUACAUACUCUGGGAUGGAAGAACACGUGCCUACAUCACGGUACCUCCAACCUUUAUUAACAGAACUCAGGGACUGUGUGGCACAUAUGAUUUAAAGCAGUCCAAUGACUUUCUGACGAGAGAGGGUGAUAUUGAGACUUCGGCGUCAAACUUUGGGAACCGUUGGAAGGUGAAUCCUACUUGUAAAGAUGUCGGGGAGGUUGUUAAUGCAUGCGAGGAAAAUGCCCAGAAUAAAAUCCAAGCUGAACAGUACUGUUCUUACCUUUCUAAUGACAUCUUCAAACCAUGCCAUAGUGUUGUGGACAACACAGUGGAUAUACAAGACUGUACAUUUGACAUGUGUCAGUGUCAAGACAACAUCAAAGACUGUUUAUGUCCCAUCCUUGGUAGCUACGCUCAACGAUGUGCCACCUCUGGUAUCUCCAUUCCAUGGCGUCUCAAUGUAUCAGAAUGUGUGUUGCCCUGUACGGGAGGCCAGGAAUACCAGGUGUGUCCUAAUGAGUGUAAACGUACCUGUAAUGUGCUGGGGAAGUACCCCAAUUGUGAACCAUCACAGGAAUGUGCCGAGGGUUGUGGUUGUCCUGAUGGACAGUCUCUCAAUGACAACGGUGAAUGUGUCACUAUUGACCAGUGUCCUUGUGUGUUUGGUGACCGCCAAUUAGAGCCAGGCAAAGUUGUCAUGAUGGAGGACAAAAUUUGUACUUGUCGCAAUGCAUCCUGGAAUUGCCAGAUUCCAUCCCCUAAUGUUGCUGUGUCCACUAUAUCCUCACCAUGUCCAGAGAAUGAAGAAUACACUAAAUGUACAUCAGACUGCCCUGUGACUUGUCAGAACAUGGCCACGCCUCCUACCUGUCCCACCCCAUCUGAUUGUCAGCCAGGCUGUCGCUGUAAACCUGGAUAUGUUCGUGAGGGUGAUGAUUGUGUUCUUGCUACUGACUGUCCGUGUCACCACGGCGGCAAGGCAUAUCGUGAGGGGGAGACAAUGAUAAUGGACUGUAAUCAGUGCGUGUGCACAAGCACCAAGUGGGUCUGUGAGAACAAAGACUGCCCAGCUGUUUGCAGUGCUUAUGGUGACUCCCACUAUCACACAUUUGACGGAAAGACCUACGAGUUCCAGGGUAACUGUGAUUAUGUCCUUGCCAAAGCGUCACCAGAUAACCCAAACCAGUUCCAGAUCACCACAGAAAACAUACCGUGUGGAACGAGUGGUGUCACAUGUACAAAGUCCAUCACAUUUGAAGUUGGUGUCCCAGGGAGCCUAAACUUCUUCAGGAUACAGUUGAUCAGAGGCAAGCCUGUGUAUGUGGAGUCUAAUUCACCAUUCCACAAACAGGAGAUUGGGAACUUUGUGAUCAUCUCUACAGACAGUGGUAUCACACUGACAUGGGACAGAGGUACAAGGGUUUAUCUGAAACUUUCUACAAGUCACAAGGGCAAGGUUGUUGGUCUUUGUGGAAACUUCAAUGGAGACCAGUUGGAUGACUUUUCAAUGCCCCAAGGUGGACCCCCAGCAGUGAAGGUUACCACCUUUGCUGACAGCUGGAAGGUGCGUCAAGCCUGUGCGACACCAGGGGAGAUAACUGACACUUGUGAGGCUGCUCCACAUCGUAAACCUUGGGCACAACGAAAAUGUAGCAUACUUCAGUCAUUUGUAUUUCAGCCUUGCCACCACCUCAUCCCUGUGCAGGAAUAUGUUAAUAGGUGUAUCUUUGAUACCUGUGCCUGCGACCUUGGAGGUGAUUGUGAGUGUCUAUGUACUGCCAUCGCAGCCUAUGCCCAUCAGUGUGCUAUAAGUGGACUUCCCAUUAAGUGGCGAACUGAGGAACUUUGUGCCAUCCAGUGUGAAGAUUGUGAGACUUACAAUCCCUGUAUUUCCUCAUGCCCAAAACGUACCUGUGAUAACCAUCUGGUGUACGACACCAUCACAUCUGGCUGUCAUGAGCAGAACUGUGUUGAAGGGUGUGAUAUAGAACCAUGUGGGGAUGGACAGGUGUAUGACAGCUCAACUGAACCAAUGAGGUGCAUCCCAGAAGCUUUCUGUAACACAACUGUGUGUACCGUCAAUGGGAAGGACUAUAGACAAAACGAACGCAUCACUGAUAACUCUGUCUGUCAGGCUGACUGUGAGAUUUGCUACUGCGACAAUGGAAAAAUCAAGAGAAAUGGUUACUGCAGUACAACAUUAGGACCGUCAACAGUGCAGAGUGGAAACCCCACUCCUGGACCAGUGGUUGGUCCCAACGGCCUUCCCACUGCUGGUCCUGGCUCUGGUCAGACUGGUGUACCAACUGUCCACCCACAGCCUGGUAGUCAUAUCAACCCGACAGCUGGUCCCAGUUACACCAAACCACAUCAAGAUGGAUCGUACAAGAUUACACCUACCAUUCCGGGACCAACUGUUCUACCGCCUGUUUGUGUGGCAAAUGGCUGGACAAGCUGGAUGAGUAUUGCUGUUCCAACAGCAUUCAACCGUGGGGAUGUGGAAACUAUGCAAGGAUUGAGAGAGAAAUACACUUUCUGUGAUGCUAAUAUGGUGACAAACAUCCAGUGUCGUGUGAUUGGAACAAACACUAUGGCAGAUCAGGCAGGACAGCGAACCACUUGUGACCUGGAAAAAGGCCUCGUGUGUAAUAAUGCCUAUCAACGCAAUGGUGAAAUCUGCUAUGACUAUGAAGUCCGAUACAAUUGUGAUUGUGCUCCUACAGCAGCCCCCGGAUUAGGACCCAAUGGUCAGCCCACAGCUGGUCCAGGAUUAGGCCCCAAUGGUCAGCCAACAGUAGCCCCAGGGAUGGGACCUAAUGGUCACCCCACAGCUGGCCCAGGAAUAGGGCCCAAUGGACAACCCACAGCAGGACCAGGAUUAGGACCCAAUGGUCAACCCACAGCCGGUCCAGGAUUAGGGCCUAAUGGUCAACCCACAGCUGGUCCAGGUUUAGGACCUGAUGGAAAACCCACAAUUGCACCAGCCAUUGGCCCAGAUGGAAAACCAAUCUUACCAACACCCAUGCCAGGUGUGCCUUACCCAUUGAAACCUUCUUGUGAGUGGACAGAGUGGAUGAACAGCUACAAGAGAACUGCCUCCAGUAAAGGUGACUAUGAAACAAUGAGUAACCUUCGCUUGGCUUACUCGUUCUGUGAAUUUCCAUCCAAGAUCGAAUGCCGGGUCAUUAAUCAACAUACGCCAUUGAAUCAGGCUGGUCAGAUGGGUGUGUCUUGCGAUAUCAAUCGUGGUUUGGUAUGUGAGGAUAUCAAUCAGAAUACUGCCACUUGUCUUGAUUAUGAGGUGCGUGUCUAUUGUAAUGAUGCCUGUCAUCCCACUGCCCAACCUAGUUUUGGACCCAAUGGUCACCCAACAGCUGGACCAGGUUUAGGACCUAAUGGAUGUACCAAUGAGAUUGGAGUGUCCAGUCCAGUUCAAGUGACCGAUGACCAACUGGAUUCUUCCUCAUCCAUGGGUGCUUCCACGGAUGCUAACAUGGCCAGGCUCAGAGGAACUGCUGCAUGGGUGGCAAGACACACCAAGAUGCCUUUAUAUUCAGAUCCUGGAAUUUCUCAGGUAAGCUUGCUUCCAGGCCUUUGA